AACCGCGAGAAGAUGUUGCGGCCUGUGCUGCAGAAAAAGUUUGCCGCUCUCACGGGAGAGGUUUGAUACGUAUCCGGGAAAGUGUCGAGAAGAACCGGUCUGAUAUCAGCCGGGCAAUUCCGAGGGAAUGAGGGCCCCGUGGCUGGUGCUGAUUCUCGCGAAGAUCCUCGAGCUGGUCCUCGGGGACCACGUGUGUCACCUUAACGUCACAGACUUCGGUGUUCCUGGUCACACCUCCACCGAGGUACUGUCCAGGCGUAGGCGUCUGGUCUUUCCGAUGGGCAGCACGUUCGUGCUGACAGUGUCAAUUUUGCAACCAGUUCAAAUCCAACUGCCCAGCAACUGGAAUCUUGCCUUCGAGUUCGACGUGAUCUGGCCGCUACCUCCCCAAGAGAACUUCCGCAAGAAGUAUUUUAAAAAGAGACCCUGGAUGGUGAAACGACGUCAUCGUCGCGAGUUUUACGCGAACAUUGAAACGGCACUGAACAGUCGGAACCUCCCAGGAAGACAAUGCCUCUUGAGAAGCAUCUGUGAGGCUAAGACAUUGUUGAGUCCACCAGGUGUCUCGUUCGUGGAAGAUGCCAUUCGUUUAAUAUUAAGUAAUUUUGAAAACGUGGAUCAAAUGGAUUCGUACGACGUCGCUUAUAGGACUGAAACUCCGUGCAACGUGGCUUAUGCUUGUCCGUUCUCAUUCUUGAAACUACUGCUGUUUAACAUGUACACAGACGAUUUAGGAUGA